AUGGAAAAAAUCGAUCAAGCUCAAGUAAAAUCUUUCAACGUCAAAAAUGGUCAUGCAAUGCUUGGCAAUACCAUUGGUGCCAACGCUAAUUUCAGUUAUACUUAUAUUAAAAAUGGACUACCUGAAGAAUUAUCCAGACUGGAACUGAAUAAUAAAAGAAUGAAGUUCGAAAAACUUUUUGGGAAAAUCGAAGCCAAAAUAACCAAGAAUGAUUUGGCUAUUUUAAAGGAAGUAUUGGAUGAUCAGGAGACUCUAACACAUUUGCGCAAUUCACCAUAUAUUACUGCCGAAAAGAUCUGCAGCAAAGUUCAAGAACAAUUAAACCAAAAGAAAGACAAAUUACCCAAAUAUUUUAAACCACCAUUAAAGAAUAAUAGUAACUUUCUUCACUUUCAACAUUCUACAUAUAUUGCAAAACCAAAAGCCUUUUCCAUCUCAAAUUUCGCAAUUCACUUGCUGAAUAACUCCUAUAAAUCGACCAAUUAG